AUGGAGCCCUCACUGGAGUCCUCCUCUCCUUUCCUGCUACAGACUUUAUGGGACAAGAUAAGAGCACAAGAAGACUUUCUCCGCUCUCCCUUGUUCCCUGUCCUGUUCUCCAUGACACUCUAUCUGAGCUGCUGCCUGCCUUACCUGUGCCUGGACACCCUGUCCUCCAGAGUAGCCCUGGUGCACCGCUACAAGAUUCAGUCACAGAGCAGGGUGACCUGGGCAAUGGCAUGGAGCUGCCUGGCUACCUCCCUGCACACCCACGCUGUGUUCAUUUUCCCCCUUAGUGUUCUGCACUGGUACUGGAGACCAGUGGUCCUCCCUGCCCAAGCCCCUGGGUCUCUUCGUGUGGCCUGGGACGUGUUAGCCUGUCUCCUUCUCUUUGACCUGCAGUACUUUGUGUGGCACGUGCUGCACCACAAGGUGCCCUGGCUCUACCGGACUUUCCAUAAGGUGCACCACCGCUACACAGCCACCUUCGCCCUGACCACAGAGCACUCUGGGAUCUGGGAGACCCUGAGUCUGGGCUUGUUUGCUGCAGUGAACCCUGACCUGCUGGGCUGCCACCCACUCACCAAGAUGUUCUUCUUCACCCUGAACAUCUGGCUGUCUGUGGAGGACCACUCAGGUUAUGACCUGCCCUGGGCCCCUCACAGACUGGUACCAUUUGGGCUCUAUGGCGGAUCUCCGCACCACGACCUCCACCAUCUCAAGUUCAUGGUCAACUACGCACCCUACUUCACACACUGGGACAGGCUGUUCGGCUCGCUGCUGCAUACAGACAAACCAGACAUGUUUGAUGUAGAUGUGUUGGAUGCUUCAAAAAGAUGUGAUACAGCAUCAAGUGGUGUGACUGAUGUAAGCCAUGCACCAGUGUAUGAGACUACACAAAGCUGUGUGAAAGACUAUGAGGUACAGUUCAGAGGAAAAUGAGGAGGACCUUUUCUCUGACUGUUAUUUGGAUUUUUAUAUAAUAAUAUAUAUAUAAUAAUAAUAAUGACUAAAUUAUGUUACAUUUAACUUAGUACUAUUCUGUUUAGUUUUCGUUCUAUGUCACUGUAUGAAUGUAUGAAUCUUAUCUUUGUUUUUUAAAAUUGCAAAACUGUGAAGAGAAAAAUUGAGAAUCAUGUGACCAAUGGACUAUUACUGUAGCUGCUUCAAUACAAUGAAUGUAUGUAUAUUUGUGUAUAUGAGUGUAUUUAUAUAUAUAUGGGUGAUUCUGCAACUUUGGGCACUUUGGCCGUGCAAACUUUCAGAAAGUAAAACUUAUUCAAACACCAUUUUACCAGUAUUGUACUUGUCUUUGAUUUGUCUAGAAACUAUAUCUGAUAAUGGCUGCGAUCGUACUAUUCAGGAAUGUAUAUAUAUUUGUCCCUUUUCCCAGACAGCCAUAGACAAAUGUCAUUUCCAUCACGUCAUUAAACAUCCAUUUUUGUUGAAAAUCAAAUAUCAUACAAUUGAUUUAUGAUGGAGUUCUUAUACAUUUGUACAUGAACUUGUAUUGAAUAUUAUUUUAAGUGAUUUUUAAGGUUUUCCUAAAAUGAAUAAUUCAACACGAUGCCUGAAUGUAUAAACUUGCCUUGCUGACUGACAGCUGAAAACAUUUAUUUAUCAUGAAAAAUAAGAUAUUUCCAGCCAACCUUUUUGUGAGAUUAUGAUAAUAACCGUAUGAUUUCCAUAUCUAUAACAAAUAAAUGUAUAUAAAUUAUACAUAAUA